AUGGGGGAGGCGUUUAACAUGCGUUUUACGAAUGAAUCGAGCAGAAAAAGGAAAGAGCCGCAGAGUGGUUCCCAAGACUUGCGGGCCAGCCGUUCCGGUGAUGCUCAGUCCGUCCCAACCACACCGAUGUCACGCCGUCCAGUCCCUUCCGCAAUGUGCGCGCGGUCGGAGAUGAAGGUGAUAGAGAAGAUCCAGGAGGCGGAGGCCGCCAACGACGGCCGGGUGGUGUUCUCCUUCGAGUUCUUCCCGCCCAAGACGAAGGACGGCGUUGACAACCUGUUCGAGAGGAUGGAGCGGAUGGUGGCGCAAAACCCCACCUUCUGCGACAUCACAUGGGGAGCCGGCGGGUCUACGGCGGAUCUGACGCUGGAGAUCGCCAACCGCAUGCAGAACAUGGUGUGCGUCGAGACAAUGAUGCACCUCACCUGCACCAACAUGUCCGUCGAGAAGAUCGACCACGCCCUCGCCACCAUCAAGUCCAACGGCAUCCAGAACGUCCUCGCCCUCCGGGGGGACCCGCCUCGCGGCCAGGACAAGUUCGUCCAGGUCGAAGGGGGGUUUGCGUGCGCCCUUGACCUGGUUAAGCAUAUCCGGGCUCAGUACGGGGACUACUUUGGGAUUACUGUUGCCGGUUAUCCAGAGGCACAUCCUGAUGUUAUUCAGGAUGGAGUGGCCCCGCCAGACGCAUAUCAGAAUGACCUUGCUUAUCUUAAGAGAAAGGUUGAUGCUGGAGCGGAUCUCAUUGUCACUCAACUCUUCUUCGACACUGACAUCUUCCUAAAAUUUGUCAACGACUGUCGUCAAAUUGGAAUCACCUGUCCCAUUGUACCUGGUAUCUUGCCUAUUAACACUUAUCAAGGGUUCCUCCGCAUGACCGGGAUGUGCAAAACUAAGAUUCCACCCGAGAUUAUGGCUGCCUUGGAACCAAUCAAGGACGACGAAGAAGCUGUCAGGGCCUAUGGGAUUCACCUGGGGACAGAAAUGUGCAAGAAGAUUAUUGCUAGUGGGAUCAGAACUCUACAUAUGUACACGUUAAACACGGAUAAAUCUGCACUGGCAAUAUUGAUGAACCUUGGGCUGAUUGAGGAGUCCAAAAUUUAA